AUGGGAGUAGACGAUUUUCUGUGCGAAAAUUUGAAGAGCCACUUCACUUUGGACUAUCCUCGAUUUGAACUGUUAUUUUGUGUACAAAAUGAAAAUGAUCCAGUAAUUAGUUUAUUACAAUCCUUAUGUGAACAAUAUCCUCAUGUAAAUAGCAGAUUAUUUAUUGGAGGUAAAGACGGAGUAGUGAAUCCAAUGGUACAUAAUAUGGUACCUGCUUACGAGGCUGCAAAAUAUAAUCUUGUUUGGGUGAGCACUAGUCGAGUUAAAGCGUCCGCAGAGGUCAUUUGGGAUUUCGUCUAUAAAGCUCAUGAUCCAUCAGUUGCCAUUGUUCAUCAAUUGCCAUUUUUCGCCGAUCAUUCUGGUUUUGUUGCCGCUAUUGAAAAGGUUACAUUUGGGUGUUAUUUGGCUCGUAGUUAUACUGCUUUGAAUCAAUUAGGCGUAACAUGUUUUACCGGUAUGUCGUAUAUUGUCAAAAAAUCAAUGUUGAAUGAAGUUGGUGGACUAGCCUAUUUUGGGAAGUAUUUGGCCGAAGAUUAUUUCUUGAGUGCUGCAUUGUGUCAGAAAGGUUAUCGGAUAGUAUUGUCAUCUUAUCCAGUUAUUCAAAAUGUUAGUAAUAGUACAUUGGUAAAUUAUAUCAGGCGAAUGGUUCGUUGGCUUCGGCUACGAUUGAAUAUAUUACCGUUAGUUUCAGGUGUAUUGGAACCAUUAUGUGAAUCCAUCACACUUGGUUUAUUAUUUGCAUUAACUAUGCAUUAUUUAUUUGAUAUUCAAAUUAUUUAUUUAAUUAUAAUGCAUUUUACACUUUGGAUACUAUUGGAUUAUACAUUAUUACGUUGUAUACAAAAUUCAAAACUUCCAUUUUCAUUUGCGAAAUUUCUACUAGCGUGGAUUAGUCGCGAAUUAUUAGUCUAUAUUGUUUUUAUUACUGCUCUAUCUAAUCCAUGGCGUAUUAAAUGGGGUAAUUACACUUAUCGUAUUCAUUUCGGUGGAUUAACUCAACGUUUAUCGUCUAAUAGUACAGUUAUGAAUCAUUAUGCCAAUGAUGAUUACAUGAAAAUAAAUACAGACGUUGCAUCUUAUAAUUCUAAACCUGUGUUUUGUGGUACAUCAAUAGAUGUGCAGAAAGCAUUCAAAAGGCGUACAGUUUCAGAAAAUGUUCACAUGCAGGAUACAAACAGAGUUUUAGAUGGAUUUCGUGAUGAAAAUAGGUUUGAUUGUUUAAAUGAUGAAAUUAUCAACAAUUCUCAGCCGGAAACUCAUUUGUUUUCAUAUACAACGAUGGGAGUAUCACCUGUCAUCCAUGAUAACAGAAACAUUCCUUUUCAAGUUAAUUCUGGUAACACAAAAGAUAUAGUAAGCAGUGGCAUUAUUGAUAACUUCCUUCCCACCAACUUUAUCAAUAAAACGAAUGUAAAACUCAACGGAUCCGAUAAUGAAACAAUUCAGGUUAAUGCACAUAUUGAUAAUUAUACUAAUAGCCUUGAUAAUAAUAACAGAAUCAAUAACAAUGGUGUCAGUAGUAACAUUAAUGGGUUAUAGUCACAAAUGACUAGUCUGUGAAGUAUUUGUUUUACCAAUUACUGAAUCCAAUACCCCUUUGAAUCAAUUGUAAUACUGUCGUAAUAUAAAUUUUUAAUCAAAAAAUUAUAAAAGAGGAAAUUUCUAAAACUCUUCACAUUUACGCCCAACGUACGCUAUGUGUUUUGACAGAUGCUCUUAUUAUUGAACUAAGGCAUAGGAGCUUUCGUAAUUAUAAUUUUUGCUAAUAAUCGUGAAGUUAUCAUACUUUAGUUCAUUUCAAUUGAUAAAUUCAACUCAUUUUUUCCAAUUUUUUUUUACAAAUAACUAGUGAAUGUUCAAUACUCAGUUUUAUUUCUUGUUAACUUUUAAAUAUUUUUCUUGGAAAAAAUAAUUGUCUUUCUUUAUCUGACAUUUCUUUCCGUCACCUUUCAUACUUAAAAGUGAAUAUCGGUUGAGGUUUGAUAUCAAAGUUUUGUCCGCCUCUCUGUCUGUAUAUUAUUGUCUAUCAGCCUGUCCAUUCCAUUGUUUAUCAGAAUAAUAUAUAAUUCUAGAUGUUAUAUUUAGUGCAAAUAAGUUUUCAUAUCAAAUGAUUUCAUUUUUGAUAAUUUGUACAAGUGUAUGAUUAAAAGAGACAAGAAAGCUAUAAAAUAAAAGAAUCGCAUUCCUUACAAUGAAAUUUAACUAAUUUAUCAAAUAUAUAUAUGUAUAUACAUUUCCCAAUGUAUGUCAUAUUAUUUCUGUACAUAAUUUUUCUCUUAAAAUGAAUCAUAAUGUUUUUUUCGAGAUGUAUUAUGUUCUUUAUUUUGUGUCUACAUUCCUAAUAAUCACGUUUCUGUGUGAUUUUUGUAGUGUUUCAUUUAUGUUUCUCUAGAAAAGAUGAAUUUAACAUAUUUUAAAUCUAUUCAUUUCAUUAUUAUCACCUACAUGAAUAGGUGUGUUUACUUUGAACUAACUUGUAUCAACUUUUUUUCCUGGUUGUUUUAACUGUUCAAUUAUAUUAGCAAGAUUUCACCAGUAAUUUAUUAUUAUUCUAUUUACAUUGUGUAAAUAAAAUUUAUCCACACAGACCAUCAUCAAAUUGAUGUGCCAAUAUCACACCUGCUCAAAAUGAAAUGUAUUGUGCAAACAUUAGUUCUUCGAGAAAAAAUACAAACUUUUAAUGUUAAAUUUGUUGCUUUAUUUUUAUUUGUUUGUUACACAGUUUCUUUUUUUUCAUUUAAUUUGAUAACAUUCAAUUAAAUAAAUUAAAUUGAUGAGUUCCAAAACAUGUUUCUCCUUUAAAAUUUAAUUCAUCCCUGCAUAAUUUCUAUACAAAUCACAAUUGAUAAAUGGGCAAUAAGAUUCGAAAAAAAACAUUGUUUAUUAUUUGUUUUCAAACUAUCUUAUUCUUGCUAUUAUCUGGAAUUCUCUAUAUUCCCUAUUAUUUAUUAUUAUUUUUCAUCUGUGAUUGUGAUGUAAAACUAUUUGAUUAUUUAUUAUAAUAAUAUAAAUUGUUUAAUCUUUAAUAGUAACGUUGAAUAAAUUGUUUUGUUUUUCAAACUUGGUG